AUGUAACUUGUAUUUUUUGUGAAAGAAGGAAGGAAAGAGAGGAGCAGCAACAGCUGCUCUAUAUCCCAGAUGAUAUAAUAAGUGAAGAAAAGGAAGUGUUGCUGACUUGGCUUCUGAUCCUGGCAGAGUAGGUCUGUCUCACUGAGUUCAGCAUAAGAGAGAAGUAGCUGCAGUCCUGUGGAGAAUGGAAAAGUUAAUGUGGUCAAUGGCACUUGUGAAUUCCUUCAUCUUUUGCAAUGCCAUGUUGGAACUGACUGGCCACCACGACAUUGAAGGGACAUGGAAGAGUUCCAUCACCUUAUCAUGUGUCUACGUGCCUUCCCAGGAAUUUGUGCAGCAAACAGUCAUUUGGACCCUGGACCGAGAUCAAAGCCCUGCCACCAUCUUUCGAAGGGAUAGCUCUGGUGAUCACAUCAUGUUGUCACGAUACAGAAGUAGGCUCAGCAUCCCAAAAUACAGGCCAGGGGAUGUCUCUCUUGAAAUUGAGAAGCUUGAAAUACCAGACAGUGGACACUACACUUGCAAAGUCACCUGGAAAGCCCAGAACAACAGCCUGCUAACAAGGGAGAGAACCACUACAGUUAAGGUUGUUAAAGUUGCAGUGACUAAACCUAUCAUCAGACCAGGCAAUCUGGGAUUCACUGUACCAAAAGGGGCUAGGACAAGCCUGACCUGCUCUGCCAAUGGGUCCCCACCCAUCAUCUACCGAUGGUUCAAGGGAGAGCCAGGAGGAAACGCAGUGCCUGUGAGCAAUCAUGCCGUACUCAUGUUUGAUUCUCUGCAAACGUCUGACACGGGGAAAUAUUACUGUGAAGCAGAAAAUAGAGCAAGCUCACAAGUCAUACAGCAGAGUGAUGCAGUGCAGCUGACUGUGAGGGACCGCACAAAACCAGCAACCACAGUAUCCCGCUCUGAGACCAAGGCGAACACCACGGCCACGCCUGUCCCAGGGAGAGAUCUGAUCACAACAGCACUUGCAACUGGGAGUGACGUGCGAGUUCCAGUAAGGCAAGAAGUGACAAUAGGCCCCCGGAGGACCCGCUUGCCCCUCUAUCUCAUCAGCCUGAUCGUUGUGCUCUGUGUGGCUGUGGUUAUUGUUGUUGUCACUGUCGUUUUGUGCAGGAGAAAGACCAAGGAGGAUAAUCCGUACGAAGUAACAUAUCAAAACAAGAGGAAUGAUGAGAGAAGACAGACUUGUUCAGGAGUCAAUGGCAAAUGCAAGGAGGAAAAACCCACGGUCAAAAAUUACUACAUGCCAGAGCCUAUGAAAGAGAAUGACUAUGAAACAAUAAGCAUAAAGGAAAACAUUGAAUACAAGAUCCUUGUGAAUGCAAUGGAAUCUGAAUAUGAAGUGGGCGAUGUUCAGUAGGGAACCAGCAUUUUUAUGCAAGCAGGAGUCAGAAAAUAGAGCUGGAGGGCUUGAACAGUGACCGUUCACUGAGGGAAACCCUCUUUCCCAUCUGUCUUUUCCUCUGAUAAAUAUUCUAAACUCAUUCCUUUAUUUGUUCUAGGGGAACUGUGUCACCUUCUGCUUCUUCAGCAAAUUGAGCUCUGUCCUUUGUUAGCUAACUGAUUUAUACAGUGAUUAAUUUGUGAGCAUCCUGGAGGCCGUGGGGGUCAGAGUUAAAGGGGCUCCACAAAAGUCUUGAAGCUGGAGAUCAAGGUAACAUACCUAAC